UCAGAGAUAUAUAAGCCACCCUCAUUUCCCCCAAAGGAAACUCAUCAUCACAGCAGUUCUCAUCUUCUCAUCUACACCUUCACACAACCACCACAACCCACCAAACCACCAAAAUGCAGUUCACCAUCUUCACCAUCACCGCUCUCUUGAGCCUCACCUCUGCCGCCGCAGUAACCAAGCGUUACCCGUACACGGCCACUCUCGUCGAGCGCCAGAGCGAGAUCUGCGGUGGUCUCGCCACGCCAUUGUGCUGCCAGACGGAUGUCCUUGGUGUUGCCAACUUGAACUGCGCGAACGCGGGCGCCGGUAUCGAAACAACAGAGGAUUUCCAAGCUGCCUGUGCCAAAGACGGAACCACGGCUCAGUGCUGCAUUGUGCCGCUUGGUGCUGAUGGAUUGCUCUGCACUGCUGCCUAAGCAGUCUCAAACUUCAAGACAAAGAUGCAUUCAGGCAUGCCAGUUCGGCUGCUGAAGCAGUGAACCAUUUGGAGAGUGGAUGUAUAUGAGUGGCGGUCGAGACGUUGCUGAGAUAUAGCGCAAGGAGGUUUACUGUUCUUGUUGUCACCAUCUACCACUCCUUUUAGGUGGGACAGUUCAUUUGUAGAUAUACUUGGAGAUGGAGGAUUGGUAGGAAG